AUGGUCGCUGCACAUACCUCUGCUGGCAAGACAGUGGUGGCAGAAUACGCCAUUGCGAUGGCCCUCCGGGACAAGCAGAGAAUCAUCUACACGUCACCCAUCAAAGCCUUGAGCAACCAGAAGUACAGAGAUCUGCAGGAUGAGUUUAAGGAUGUUGGCUUGAUGACAGGAGAUGUCACUAUCAACCCGCACGCAUCCUGCAUGAUCAUGACGACGGAGAUCCUUCGAUCUAUGCUGUAUCGGGGCUCCGACGUAUCACGUGAGAUGGCAUGGGUUGUCUUCGACGAAGUCCAUUACAUGCGAGACCGAGAUAGAGGUGUCGUGUGGGAGGAAGCCAUGAUCCUGCUUCCGGACUCGGUCCGUUUGGUCUUCCUUUCUGCGACCAUCCCGAACGCCCGGGAGUUCGCCGAGUGGAUCUGCCGAAUCAAGCAUCAGCCCUGCCACGUCAUCUACACGGAUAAGCGGCCUGUCCCCUUGCAGCACUACCUCUUUCCGUCCGGCGGCGACGGAGUGUACAUGGUGGUGGACGAGAAUCAUUGCCCGCAAUUCAUUCGUGGGUUCCACUAG